AUGAAAAACUUUGCUAUCGUUAUUGCAAUUUUUGGCUUGAUUGCUGGAUAUGUCAACGCAGCUGUUGUCACCACAGGCCAAGUUCUUGAAACAAGGGGUGAACAAAUGACCGACACAUCUAUCUUCAAGAGUGGCGGCCCACGUCUUGUACAAGAGAGAGAUUAUAAGGCCCAAAUGCUGGAAGAAAUAAAGGGCAAACCAGUUAAAAGUUAA